CCGGCGAGCGGGGCCAUGCAGCCAGCGCUGCUUCUCAGCCUCCUGGGAGCCGUGGGGCUGGCGGCUGUCAGUUCCAUGCCAGUGGAUAACAGGAACCACAAUGAAGAAAUGGUGACUCGCUGCAUCAUUGAGGUCCUCUCAAAUGCCUUGUCGAAGUCCAGCACUCCACCCAUCACGCCUGAGUGCCGCCAAGUCCUGAAGAAGAGUAGAAAAGACGUCAAAGACAAAGAGACAACUGAAAAUGAAAAUACAAAGUUUGAAGUAAGAUUGUUAAGAGACCCAGAUGAUGCCUCGGAAGCCCACGGGUCCUCCAGCAGGGAGGAGGCAGGAGCCCCAGGGGAGGAUGCCCAAGGCCCAACCAAGGCAGACACAGAGGAAUGGGCAGAGGGAGGCGGGCACAGCCGAGAGCGAGCGGACGAGCCCCAGCGGAGCCUCUAUCCCUCCAACAGCCAAGUCUCCGAAGAAGCAAAGACACGCCAUUCUGAGAAGAGCCGGAGGGAGGAGGAGGAGGAGGAGGAGGGAGAGAACUAUCAAAAAGGGGAGCAAGGGGAAGAUGGCAGUGAAGAGAAACACCUUCAAGAGCCAGGAGAGACACAAAACGCUUUCCUCAAUGAAAGAAACCAGGCUUCAGCUAUAAAAAAAGAGGAGUUAGUGGCCAGAUCUGAAACACAUGCUGCCGGGCGCGCUGAGGAGAAGACGCAUAGCCGGGAGAAGAGUGGCCAGGAGAGUGGAGAAGAGGCAAGGAGCCAGGAGAAACACCCCCAGGAGUCUAAAGGCCAACCCCGAAGUCAGGAAGAAUCUGAGGAAGAUGCCACCUCUGAGGUGGACAAACGACGCACGAGGCCCAGACACCACCACGGGAGGAGCAGGCCUGACAGGUCCUCUCAAGGAGGGAGUCUUCCCUCUGAGGAAAACGGACACUCCCUGGAGGAAUCUGAGGAGUCACACGUCGGCAUGGCCAGUUUAGGGGAAAGGAGGGACCACCAUUCAACCCACUACAGGGCUUCAGAGGGAGAACCUGAAUAUGGAGAAGAAAUAAAGAGUUAUCCAGGCGUCCAGGCCCUGGAGGACCUGGAGGGGGAGCGCUACAGGGACAGAGGAAGUGACGAAUACCGGGCUCCAAGACCUCAGAGUGAGGAGAGUUGGGAUGAGGAGGACAAGAGAAACGACCCCAGCUUAGAGCUUGAUAAGAUGGCACGUGGAUAUGGUGAAGAAAGUGAGGAAGAGAGGGGCCAUAAGCGGGGAAAGGGACGCCAUCACAGAGGCAGGGGAGGGGAGCCACGUGCCUAUUUCAUGUCUGACGCCAGAGAAGAGAAAAGGUUCUUGGGUGAAGGACACCACCGUGUCCAAGAAAGCCAGAUGGACAAGGCAAGGAGGCGUCCACAAGGUGCGUGGAAAGAGCUAGACAGAAAUGACCUCAACUAUGGUGAGGAAGGAGCCCAAGGGAAGUGGCAGCAGCAGGGAGACCUGCAGGACACUAAAGAAAACAGGGAGGAAGCUAGGUUUCAAGAUAAACAAUAUGGCUCCCAUCACACAGCUGAAAAGAGGAAGAGAUUAGGGGAACUGUUUAACCCAUACUACGACCCUCUCCAGUGGAAGAGCAGCCAUUUUGAAAGAAGAGACAACAUGGAUGACAAUUUUCUCGAGGGUGAAGAGGAAAAUGAGCUGACCUUGAAUGAGAAGAAUUUCUUCCCAGAAUACAACUAUGACUGGUGGGAGAAAAAGCCCUUCUCGGAGGAUGUGAACUGGGGGUAUGAGAAGAGAAACCUCGCCAGGGUCCCCAAGCUAGACCUGAAAAGGCAGUAUGACAGGGUGGUCCAACUGGACCAGCUCCUUCACUACAGGAAGAAGUCAGCCGAGUUUCCAGACUUUUACGAUUCUGAGGAGCCGAUAAGCACCCGCCAGGAGGCAGAAAACGAAAAGGACAGGGCUGACCAGACAGUCCUGACAGAGGACGAGAAAAAAGAACUUGAAAACUUGGCUGCAAUGGAUUUGGAACUACAGAAGAUAGCUGAGAAAUUCAGCCAAAGGGGCUGACUGUCAUUGGAGCAGAGGGCACGGUUAAGAAGCAGCCCUCACAUGAUCUGUUUUUCACCACCUCACUGAGAAGACACCAUUUAUCUACCCAAGGGCAGAAAGUAGAACUUACUAUUCCUUAAAUGUUUGACACAA